AUGGAGUUCUUGAUUCUUAUGAUCAGAAACGGAAUUCGCCCCAACAUGUUUACUUAUUCUUCUGUUUUGCGAUCCUGCAAUGGCUUACCCAUCCUCAAGCAAAUCCAUUGCAGCAUAACUAAAGCUGGUUUGGAGUCUGAUGUAUUUGUCAGAAGUUCACUCAUUGAUAAAUAUUCCAAAUGGGGUGAACUCCAAAACGCAUUAACCACUUUCAACGAAAUGGAAACAAGUGAUUUAAUCGUCUGGAACACAAUAAUCGGUGCAUUCACUCAAAACAACAAUGGAGAUGAAGCUUUGAAUCUCUUCAAACGAAUGAAGAAAUCCGGAUUCAUGUCAGAUCAAGCAACAUUAACCAGUGUCUUAAGUGCUGUCACAGGGAUGGCUUUAUUAGAACUUGGAAGACAAGUACAUGUUCAUGUCCUCAAGUACAACAACCAAGACUUGAUUCUUGGAAACGCGCUUCUUGACAUGUAUUGCAAGUGUGGAAGCAUGGAAGAUGCAAGAUUUGAGUUUACAAAAAUGGUGGAAAAAGAUGUAAUCUCAUGGAGCACAAUGAUAAAUGGUCUAGCACAAAACGGUUUCAGCCAUGAAGCUUUGAAAAUGUUUCAAACCAUGGAAGCUUCCGGAAGCAAACCUAACUACAUCACAAUGGUUGGAAUCCUAUUUGCUUGUAGCCAUGCGGGAUUAGUAGAAAAGGGUCGAUUUUACUUUGAAAAAAUGGAAACUAUUUAUGGGAUUAAACCGGGAAGAGAGCAUUAUGGUUGCAUGGUUGACCUACUUGGAAGAGCUGGUCAACUCAAUGAGGCUGUAAAAUUGAUACACAACAUGGAGCCGGGACCCGAUGUGGUGACGUGGCGGACUCUGCUCGGUGCAUGUGGGAUGCACCGAGACACAGGGUUAGCCGCGUAUGCGGCUAACCGAGUCCUGGACCUUGACCCUGAUGAUUCGGGUACAUAUAGUUUGCUAUCAAACAUAUACGCAAAUACUCAAAGGUGGGAAGAUGUGGAAAAAGUGAGGAGAACAAUGAGGGGUAAAAACGUCAAAAAGGAACCCGGGUGUAGUUGGAUUGAAGUGAAUAAAGAGAUUCAUGCGUUUAUAGUGAGGGAUGAUUCGCAUCCGGAGAUAGAAAAGAUUAUGAGAGAGGUGAAUUGUUAUGUGAAGAGGUUAAGGGAAGUGGGGUAUGUUCAUGAUACGAGUUUUGUGUUGCAAGAUGUUGAAGGAGAACAAAUGGAAGAUCCGUUGUUGUGUCAUAGUGAAAAGUUGGCGAUUGUUUAUGGUUUAAUGGUUUUGGUUAAGGGAAAGACUAUUAGGAUUAGGAAAAAUAUUAGAAUUUGUGGAGAUUGUCAUCUUUUUGCUAAACUUUUGGCGAAAAUGGAGAAUAGGAAUAUAGUUAUUAGAGAUCCGAUUCGUUAUCAUCACUUUCAAGGAGGAGUUUGCUCCUGUGGGGAUUAUUGGUAG